UUGAUCUAACGGCCAUUAUUACUCUCUUUCUUGAUACUUCACUUUCUUCAGUCUUGACUCUUGAGUGUACUUACCGACUAAACUCCUUUCCCUUUCUCCCCAAAUCGUUUGAGGCAUUUUGGUUCUACGUAAAUUGCUCAUUUGCUACUCAGUAUGGCUUACAUUCCUCCACACAAAAGGCAUUCCAAGGACUCGGAGAAACCAUCCCCGACACCCGAAUCACUCGUUCCUCAAUUCAAGAGAAAUCUAAGGCCAUUUGGGAAUAAAUCUCAUGAGGAAAGGAAAAAAGAUAAGGGUAAAAUAGUAUACGCGAACGAUGCAAUCACUAGAUGGUUCGCAGUUGGAUUGGCUGAUCAUACCCAGUUUCCUUCUGCUUUACGUCUCGAGCCACUUUCCUUGCAAGCCGUCGGGCGGAAAUUCGGAGAAAAACCUCUCUCUUUAGUGCUCGACGAUCAACUUCAAAAAGAUAAUAAUGAAGGUGAAGCGUUGUUCUUGGACAGCCCGUGGGUUAUUGUUACUGGAAAUGUGCUGAAAGAGCUGCUUUCCUCUUUCCAACAUGUGAAGGAGGAGAUAGAGACUCAAAACUUUGAAGAAGUAAAGCCAACCCUGGUUGCCCGGUUUGGAAAAGUUCUAUUUCAUGGGUUAGUAAUCUUACUUUUAUGGGUUGAACGCCUCAUUUAUGGUGCUGAUCAUAUUCUUGGUCUUGUUUCUGUUUGA